UGUUGCGCUUCUGCGUGGGCGUUCACAUCCAGACUAGAGAGGGCGUGAAUCCAUCCUCCCAAGUCUCGCUUGAUGCGAGGACAGCAGUUUUUGUGCUUCUGCUAAAAAGUAAUAGCAAGAAGGUCUUUGGGUGCGUUUGGUAUUUGCACCGUUCUGCAUUAUUUUUCAGACCAGAAUUACAUUUAGACAUGAUGUGGAUAAUGGUUUUGAUGGGACUGCUGGCGCUGGAAACCUCCGCAUCUGUUCAGGUGCCGAAUAACGAAACGACAAAUUUAGUUCGUACAUUCUCGGGUUUCUUCAUCACUGUCACCGACGAGACGAUUGAUUAUCUGGACGUACAAGAGUACAGCGGCUCCGGGUUAGAGCCCGCAUCCCAACCCAGGAAAGAUCACCACCCUGUGGUCAAAAAGCGCUACUACAUCUCCCAGGAGGCCUCCAAAUUUCUAACGGGCCGUGUAGUGACAGCUGUCAUUCCAACGAUAUACACUUUUGUGUUCAUUAUAAGCGUUCCCCUGAACCUCCUUGCUUUUGUUAUGUUUGUGCGCAAAGUGAGGCCGAAGAAACCGGCGGUGAUUUACAUGAUUAAUCUCGCCUGCGCUGACCUGCUGUUCGUGCUCGUCCUGCCGUUUAGGAUAGCGUACCAUUACAACGGAAACAACUGGAUAUACGGUGCUGGGAUGUGUCGUUUUGUCACGGCUGCUUUUUAUUGCAACAUGUAUUGUUCUGUGCUUCUGAUUAUGUGCAUUAGUGUGGAUCGCUUUAUGGCUGUCGUUUAUCCCAUGGACUCGCUCACGUGGCGCAGUCCUCAAACCGCAUCUGUCGUGUGCGGUGCCAUGUGGCUUUUAUCUAUCGGCGGCGUGACCCCUUUACUGAUCUCUGAUCAGACCAUUGCCAUCCCUGACCUGGGCAUAACCACCUGUCACGACGUCCUUGACCUCCAUCACCUUCGCGAAUACUACCUGUACUUUUUUCCCAUCAUUUCGUCUCUUUUCUUCUUCGUCCCGCUCAUUUUUAGCACUGUAUGCUACGUGCGCAUUAUCCAAGCCUUGUGCGCCGCCAACGUAGAAAACCGCGCGAAAAAAACGCGGGCUGUCUUUAUGGCAGUAACUGUGUUUUCCGUUUUUGUGAUAUGCUUCACACCCACUAACAUCAUCUUGUUGUCACAUUAUGUACGGUUUGCUCACAAGCAUAACGACGAGUCUUACGCUGCUUACCUGGUUUCCAUGUGCAUCGGGAGCGUCAGCUGCUGUUUAGACCCACUUAUCUACUAUUUUGGGUCGUCGCAAUGCCAAAGGCAGGUUUUGGCCUUUCUCAGGUGCCAGGGGCUACAACACAUUGAGAGGAGCGCGCAGUUCACCAGCAGCACCAGGUCAAGCAAGUUGGAGACAUUUAAAAGCAGCGUGAGUAACCAGUAUCGAAAGCUAAUGGGAUGA